CAAUUAGAAGCAGCUCCGAAAAGGAAAAGAAACAACGAGCUCUCCCCGUCCCGGCCCCGCUCCCCGCCAGGCCAAGUCGACGGCCGCUCGCCGCCGCCCCUCCCCCACCCUCCGCCUCGCCGUCGCCGACCUCGGCCGUUCGGCCCCUCCCGCGGGUGGGUGAGCGGCGAGCCUCCCUUGCUUCUCUGUCCUGCCCUGCACGGCAAGCAAGACGAGAGCGAUCGGCGUCGGGAUGCUGAGGCGGCGGCUGAGCUCCCUUCUCCUCCGAUCCCCGUGCUCCUCCGCCGUCGCCUCCUCAAUCCAGCAGCAGCACCACCUCCUCCUCCCCACCCACGCCGAGAAACCGCCGGCCCUGAAUCUGCUCAGGCUCUUCACAUCCCUAGCUGGAACCGAUGGUGACAGGCCGUUCAUCGCUUUUGUCUUAGGGGGACCUGGGAGUGGGAAAGGAACGCAAUGUAGUAGGAUCGCUUCGGAUUUUGGAUUUUCUCAUGUGAGUGCUGGUGACCUUCUGCGGAAUGAAAUAUCUGCUGGCACUGAUCAAGGGGAGUGGAUCCUGGAGAUAAUAAGGGAAGGGAGGAUUGUUCCAUCAGAGAUAACCGUUGAACUGGUCAGAAAAGCAAUUGAAUCAAGCACUGCUAAACGGGUUCUUAUCGAUGGUUUUCCAAGGUGUGAGGAAAACAGAAUCGCCUUUGAAAAAAUAACUGGAACUGAACCAGACCUUGUGCUUUUCUUUGACUGUCCUGAGGAUGAGAUGGUUAAACGUCUCCUAAGCCGUAACCAGGGACGAGUUGAUGAUAACAUUGAGACAAUCAAGAAGCGUCUAAAAGUGUUCGAGAGUUUGAAUCUUCCUGUUGUUGAGUACUACUCUUCAAGGGGAAAGGCACACAAGAUAAACGCAACGGGAACUGAAGAUGAAAUCUUUGAAGCAGUUCGCAAGUUGUUUUCCUCCUUAAGGCUAUGAGGAGGCUGUCGUCGUCUUCCGCAGGAGCCUGAGGGAAUUAGAAUUGCGCCUGGCGGAAAUACUCUUUUCUUUCCUUUUACUUUUACAUCUCUUAGCACAAUAAUUGUACAUAUUCUGAUACACGGUCUAUGCCUGUGAAAACAGAGGGCCACUGGUGAAACGCCCAGCCUGCUAUGAUAAACCCUUACCCUCACGCUCUCGUCGUGCGCCACGGUAUAACCCAUGACACGCUGGUAUGGCAGCAGCAAAACUGCUACGACGAUAUUUUUCUUACCAGAAUAUGAUAUAAUUGUAUGUG